GAAAUUCGCCGUUUUGAAACCAAAAUAGGUGACUUACGUGAAUCGUGUAGAUCCGAAGAGUUUUUGUUUUGGGGUAGGGGGGGGGUCAAUUGGCCGGCCGGCGUUUAUGAGAUUGGAGUGGGACGCGGAGAAAAUGUGAAGUGUUGCUCUUCGCAAUAAAACAUCUUUGAUGGGACGUGUCGCGUCUCGGCCAAUCAGCGUCAAGAUGUCUUCAGCGUUUGGUGGUUUAGGUUAGCUUGAAUGUUAGAUGCUACUUCUGCUGCUGUCGCGCUGCACGGUGGAGCGAUGCUAACAAAGUACCCGUUCGGUCCUCGGCAGAUCAGAGCGGAAUCGGCCUUGUUAAGGUCUUACAACAGCGGCACCAGGGCGGCACCUUAUGAGUCCCUCAUGGUGGCUGAUAUUGGGGACGUCAAUGUGAAUAUGUAUGACCUGAAGGACACCUGCAAACGCAUCAGGGACGCCUACAGAAAGGUCCUGGCUACUGGCUGUAUUCCUCUGACGAUGGGUGGCGAUCACACAAUUGCAUAUCCAAUCCUGCAAGCGGUUGCUGAGAAGCAUGGCCCGGUGGGUCUGGUCCAUGUGGAUGCCCAUGCUGACACCAGUGAUGUGGUCUUGGGGGAGAAGAUUGGACAUGGGACCCCUUUCAGACGUUGUGUGGAGGAAGGGCUGCUGGACUGCAAGAGAGUGGUCCAGAUCGGCCUGCGUGGUUCAGGCUACUCUGCAGAUUCCUAUGAAUGGAGCCGGGCACAGGGUUUCCGUGUGGUCCAAGUGGAAGAGUGUUGGUUCAAAUCUCUUGCACCUCUGAUGGCUGAGGUCAGGGCUCAGAUGGGCAGCGGCCCAGUUUACCUCAGUUUCGACAUCGAUGCUCUCGACCCGGGCUUCGCUCCUGGAACGGGCACACCGGAGAUAGCGGGGCUGACUCCCAUCCAGGGAGUUGAGAUUAUUCGGGGCUGCCGUGGUUUAAACCUUGUUGGAUGUGAUCUUGUGGAGGUGUCCCCCCCCUACGACACAACGGGGAACACUGCACUGACGGGUGCCAACCUCCUUUUCGAAAUGCUGUGCGUCCUCCCAAAAAUGAAAUACUUCUGAUCAGUAAAGACAUCACAGAACACAACAGGUAGUUUGUUAAUAAUGAAUAUACAGAUACCAAUGUCCAAUGAGCAGGUGGUCCUGCUGAAUAAAUCAUUGUUAUCAUUAUUUUUUUAUUACAGUCAUGUUGAUGAUGAUGAUGAUGAAUGCACUAUUGACAACCAAUUAAAACUCUUCAACGUUGGUGGACAUUGUGGACACCAACUUGUAAAACACUUCAUAUUCUCUUUAUCCUUUAAGUAUAUAUUCUUUAAAAAAAUACUGAUGACAUGAUUAUGCCAUCUACAACUCACAGUACUAACACAAUUAUAUUAAUAUUCUUUUCGAUCAUGUUGAAUAAAUGAAGCACACACAGUUUGUCACACAGCAUUCAAACCUUGAAAUACUUAUAUUUUCUACAUGUUACAAGGUGUAUGUAUGUUUAUACACAUGCAUAUACACUUAAAAUUAAAAUAAUUAUCAUUUUAAAGGAACAUUUAAAAAAAGCAGGGUUGUCAUAUUUUGACUGUAUAAAUACUUUACAGUGAAGAAUGGGAGUAAACACAUGAGCAACAACAGCUGAGGUGAUGAUGUCAUCUACUCAGCUGCUGUUCCAAUUGCAGAAAGUGCACAAGGCUGGACUUGGCAUACUUGGUAUUGAGAACCGGAGACUGGAUGACGAGCUUUUGAGAGAAGAACUUUCAUAUAGAAAAAGUCGACAAAAGGAAGGAAGUGACAGACCUCAGCCUGGUCUCUCUCUCCGUGUGAGAGGAGUACAUAGACCAAAGCCGAAGAGUGUUCUUUAUAUUACAUGCACAACAGACCGAAAAACAAGAGCUGUUGACUCAAAUUGCCAGAUCUGUAUUGCAGCACAAUAAUACAUAGUAUCUUUUAAUUCUGCUUUGUUUAAUCUGAAAUGUGGUAUUUUCUUUUAUGUAUAUUUGUAUAUCCAAACUUUAAAAUGGAUAAUAGUUGUGGAGCGGUGCUCUCAUCAAGCUGGAGUAAGAACUCUCCUUCAUUAUGGAAGUCAAGACCAACUUCAACAAAAAUAAGAAUAAUUUCAUCUUCAGCAUCUGAAAACACAUCUUAAACUCUAAAAGAGCUCUUCACUGAGAGAAAACCAGAGUGAAUAACAUAAAGUGAGCCAUUUGCAAUACUAGCUGUUGUAACACCUGGAGUGUCAUCAUCUUGGUUUGAGCUUGGAGACUAUGCAUUUAUAACAAAAAGCUAGGAUUUAGUGUUUUCAUGGCUUGACAUAUUUGGUACUUAAAAUCAGGAUAUUGCGAUCUCAUUGGGAACAUUUGUCGUGGCAUUUGUGUUCUUCUACGGAGUAAAAAAGACCAGCGUUUUGAUGUGAGGCGUGAUCUGGUCAAACCCUCCAUUUCAGAAACACGGGACAAGCAAUUGUGAUUUAAUUUGUACCUGAUUUUUUGUCCAUUUUGUAUCCAUGUAUAAAUAAGUCAUUUUAUUCUUCCAUGUCAUGCCUGUUCCAACUCCAGUAGAGGGCACUUAAUGCUCAAGUGUUCUGUAUUUCGAUUGAAAGAGUGAGCUGGAAUCAGCACUGCUCUCCUGAGAAAGAGCUCCUCUUGUAAUGUCUCCAACAGCUCCUAAAUGACUGGGAUAUUUCCAUAACACAGUAAUUGCUUGCAUAUAUCAAGUAACACGUGGAGUGGAGUGGAACUACGUUUCAGGAAUGCUAGAAAGGUUUGUGUCUUUGUGAUGUGUGUCUUUAGGACAUGAUAAGUACACCACCGGCUCAUUCAUUGCCCAAUCAAAGGAACAUGAGGAUUAGCUCUACUUUGUUAAAACUGCAGUGUUGAUUUCAAUUCGUCUGGUUCUCUGUCAAGUCUCCCAUGCCCUUCCCUUUCUAAAUCACUGGAGCACCCUUUGAUUAAAUAUCAGUGUUUGUGUACAGGGAAGCUGCAGUACUAAAGUGUAUUGCUUCCACUGGCGCAUAAUAAAAUCUGAUGAGCUCUC